AACACGCGGAGGAAACGAAGCACCGCGGAAGCCAUCUGCCCUCUCCCUAACCCCACACCCCACCUCUUGUCCACGCUUUCGCUUUUAUAAUGGCUUCUUAAUUUUCAAUCCCCCCCUCCCCCCAGCGCAUUACCUUAACAGUUGUUUCCAUUGAUGGAUGUUUCUGGGGUUGUUUCUGUUCUGGCUGAUGACUUUUGGUUGUUGGACUUUUUAAAUUGAAAGAGGGGAGUGGGUAGAAAUCAGAGGAAUUUAGGAACCAAAAAAAAGAGGAGAAAUUUUUUGUGGGCUUCACCGUCAAUUCGUGUGGGAAAAAGAAGAAGAAGAAGAAAAUUUUAGUCUCUGUUUCUGUAGAUUGCGCUGGACGAGAUGGGCUUUUUACAAGUUUGGAUAUUUGAUGAUAUGGGGUUUAAGUGAAGUGGAUCUUCAUAUCUCUGUAAGAAUAAAUGGUAAAAAAGAGAUCAGCUUUGUAAGGUUGGUGAUUUUGACGCACAACGUGCUGGCUAUUUAUGUUUUAAAAUAUAUCUGUUUAUUUAUUUAUAAAUAUUUCUAAGAAUCAAAAACUAAAGCCGUGUUGAGCUGGAGCCAAUAGCCAUAGUUUUCUACAUCCUUCUGUCUGUCUGUCUCUCUCUCUCUCUCUCUCUCUCUCUCUCUCUAUCCUUCUCACUUAUUUUCCCAUUUCGUUGAUUGAGAGUUUUGCAAGCUGUAAUCGUAUGGGAGUUCUUUUGGACUCUUUCCCCCAGUCAUAGCCUCUCUCCUCUCCUCUCUUUCUCUCUCUCUCUCUCUCUCUGUUAGAAGGUUCCCUUAUAUUCGAAUGUGGCCAUAGAUUAGAGAGAGACAUCUUGCUCCGGUUCCAGUCCCACUCGUCAUUUUCUUAGGUUGUUGCCGCUACUGCCAUUCCCUUCUCCCUAAAAUGGCAUCAAAAUCGUAGCUCUUCCCUUCUGGGUAUUCACAUUCCGGCGAGUUUGAGCUCUGAAACAACAAGGGUGUCCCAGCGAGUCGAGUUUCCCAAGUGGGGUUUUAAGAUCGGAAGCAGAAGCACAAAAUGGCACCGUCGUUCGAUUGGUGGGCGAAGGAGAGCCACCGGGGAACGCCGGUGGUCGUAAAGAUGGAGAAUCCCAAUUGGUCCAUGGUCGAGCUGGAGGCUCCCUCUGACGAAGACUUCAUUCUCGCCGGCUCGCCGCACCGUACGCGAGACAAAGGCAGAGGAAAGAACGCAAAACAGCUCACAUGGGUUCUUCUCCUCAAAGCCCACAAAGCCGCUGGUUGCUUAACCUCCAUUGCCUCCGCCACGGUCAGCCUGGGCGCCGCCGUUCGCCGCCGCCUGGCUUCCGGAAGAACCGACACCGACGCGGACAAUGACGCCGCCGCCGACCCCGAGAAUGAGAACCCAACAGUCAAGAGCAGGUUUUAUUCUUUUAUCAAGGUAUUUUUGUGGCUGUCCGUUUUGUUGUUAGGGUUUGAGGUAGCGGCAUACUUCAAGGGUUGGCAUUUUGGUACUCCCCAUCUUCAAUUGCAGUAUUUGUUGGCUAGCUCGUUGGGGUUUAGGGGUAUUUUCGAUUCACUGUAUUCUAGGUGGGUUUUGAUUCGGGUUCAGUACCUGGCUCCUCCUCUGCAAUUUCUCGCAAAUGCAUGUAUUGUGCUUUUCCUCAUCCAGAGUUUGGAUAGACUGGCUCUGUGUUUGGGAUGUUUCUGGAUCCGCUUCAAGAAGAUCAAACCCAUUCCGAAAGAAGGCACCCCAGAUCCUGAGUCCGGCGAGAAGGGUUUCUACCCCAUGGUUCUCGUUCAGAUUCCCAUGUGCAACGAGAAAGAGGUUUAUCAGCAGUCGAUUGCUGCAGUUUGCAAUUUAGACUGGCCAAAAUCGAAUUUACUAAUUCAAGUUCUGGAUGAUUCGGAUGAUCCUACGACCCAAUCGAUGAUCAAGGAGGAAGUUCAUAAAUGGCAGAAGGAGGGUGCUCACAUUGUGUACCGGCAUCGGGUAAUUAGAGAUGGAUACAAAGCUGGCAAUCUCAAGUCUGCCAUGAAUUGUAGCUAUGUCAAAGACUAUGAGUUUGUAGCCAUUUUCGAUGCUGAUUUCCAGCCCACCCCUGAUUUUCUCAAAAGAACAAUUCCCCAUUUCAAGGAUAAUGAGGAGUUGGGAUUGGUUCAGGCAAGGUGGUCCUUUGUGAAUAAGGAUGAGAACCUACUAACAAGAUUGCAGAACAUUAAUUUAUCAUUUCAUUUUGAGGUGGAGCAGCAGGUGAAUGGGAUAUUCAUCAACUUCUUUGGGUUCAAUGGUACUGCUGGUGUGUGGAGGAUAAAGGCUUUGGAGGAUGCUGGUGGGUGGUUGGAAAGGACCACCGUGGAGGACAUGGACAUCGCUGUCCGGGCUCAUCUCCAUGGCUGGAAAUUUGUCUUCCUCAAUGAUGUGGAGUGCCAAUGCGAAUUACCGGAAUCUUACGAGGCUUACAGGAAACAACAGCACAGAUGGCAUUCUGGUCCCAUGCAACUGUUUCGGCUUUGUUUGCCCGAUAUUAUCCGAUCAAAGAUCAGUAUUUGGAAGAAAUUCAAUAUGAUAUUCCUUUUCUUCCUCCUAAGAAAACUGAUUCUACCCUUCUAUUCAUUCACCCUCUUCUGCAUAAUUCUUCCCAUGACAAUGUUUGUCCCAGAGGCUGAGCUCCCAUCGUGGGUAGUGUGCUAUAUCCCAGCCACCAUGUCAUUUCUCAAUAUACUUCCAGCCCCAAAAUCGUUCCCUUUCAUUGUCCCCUACCUACUCUUUGAGAACACAAUGUCUGUAACUAAGUUCAAUGCCAUGAUUUCUGGCUUAUUCCAGCUUGGAAGUGCAUAUGAGUGGGUUGUUACCAAGAAAUCUGGCCGUUCUUCUGAGGGUGAUCUUCUCUUACUUGUUGAGAAGGAAGAACCAAAAGCCCAUAGAGGGGGCUCAGAUUCCCACCUAGGUGAAAUGGAGGAGGCCUUACAGCAAGAGAAAAGGGCUUCUCGGAAGAAGAAACACAACAGAAUAUAUACGAAAGAGUUGGCUUUGGCUUUCCUUCUUCUAACAGCUUCAGCAAGAAGUCUACUCUCUGCUCAGGGUGUCCAUUUUUACUUCUUGCUCUUUCAGGGGAUAUCAUUCCUACUGGUUGGUCUUGACCUGAUCGGUGAGCAGGUUCAGUGAGUGAAAUAGAGUAGGCUUUGUAGGGAAUACGGGCAGAUAUAUAAAAAUAUGGGCAAAAUGAAUGGCGCCGAAUCCAGGACAGGCGAACUGCUGUGGUGAGAAUCAUAAGCCGACUCAAUAAUGCAUAUAUCUAUCCAUUUUUGCCCAAAUAGUAGAAGUUGUGUUCAAAGGACUAAGAAUGGCUUCAUUCUGGAGAUGGACACCAUAAAAUGGUGAUGUUCUUUCAAUGUGUAAGUUUUUUUUUUUUUUUAAAUCUUUAAUCCUGUAUUUUGUUCUUUUGAUUCUUUUGUUUUUGGGUCUAUUCUUUUGUAAGAAAAUUUAUGGUUCAAAACAACACAGGAGAGAUUUAGUUUACAGUUCAAGGAUGCAGGAAAUCAGCACCUCUUCAUGCA